GAGGGGAGGCAUUAUCUGCCGCCUCCUUUGAUGCCCUGAGAAACGACAGAGGGGGACGUUUCAGUCCUGCCUCCUGAGCGCUUCCAGAUGUCACACAUCCUCCUUUUACUGUUCCAACGCUGUUUGAUGCUGUGUGCCUGGAAAAUAUGACCUUCAGCCGGAGUGGAGGCGGCGGCUAACGUGAUGAAAUGAAAGCAGACGGCUUAGUGAGCUGUGAGGAGGAAUAAUGAGGAAGACGAAGAAGAAGAAAAAGAGGCCGGCAGCCCCCCCGACCCGCAGUAAUGGACCCGUUUGACGGCUCAACUCCGAGCGACACCUUGAAGCGAGUUGCCACCCUGCUGGGCUGCAGUCCGACCUCUGCAGGAGUGGCUGCGUACCUCGACAAACAUGACAAGCUGAGUCAUCUGAGGGAGCAGUUCCUGGUGCCCAAAAUCUCAGAUUUACCUCCUUCUGAUCUCUCGCUGGUCGACGGCGAGCAGGAAUGCAUCUACCUUGUGGGAAACUCGUUGGGGCUUCAGCCCAAAAUGGCCAGGAAGUACCUGGAGGAGGAGCUGGAGAAGUGGGCCAAAACAGGCGUUCAUGGUCACACAGAAGGCUCUCGACCUUGGGCGUGGGCUGAGAACAACAUAGAGGAACUCAUGGCUAAUGUUGUAGGAGCCAAACCUGAGGAGGUGGCCCUGAUGAACGGCCUGACGGUGAAUUUACACCUCCUGAUGCUCUCCUUCUACAGACCCACAGCAGCUCGGCACAAAAUCCUUCUGGAGAGCAAGGCCUUUCCUUCAGACCACUACGCUGUGGAGUCUCAGAUCCGACUGCGAGGAUUCGACCCUGAGAAGAGCAUGCUGCUGCUGCAACCCAGACUGGGUGAAGAGACUCUGAGAACUGCAGAUAUCCUCAGAGUGAUCGAGCAGGAGGGCGACUCCAUCGCCAUGGUGAUGCUCAGCGGGGUUCAGUAUUACACCGGGCAGCUGUUCGACAUGGCCGCCAUCACUGAGGCCGGCCAGAGGAAGGGAUGCUGCGUGGGCUUUGACUGCGCACACGCGGCCGGGAACGCCGAGUUGAAGCUGCACGAGUGGGGAGUGGACUUCGCCUGCUGGUGCUCCUACAAGUAUCUGAACUCCGGUGCUGGAGGUCUGGCCGGUGCGUUCAUCCACGAGAAACAUAAAGACACCAUCAAACCUGCGCUGCUGGGAUGGUGGGGACACGAUCUGAAGACUCGGUUCAAGAUGAACAAUGUGUUGGAGCUGCAGCCUGGAGUGAGUGGCUUCAGACUGUCAAACCAGCCCAUCCUGUUGGUCUGCCCCCUGCAGGCCAGCCUCGAGGUGUUCAACCAGACCAGUAUGCAGGCACUGCGCAGGAAGUCCCUCCUGUUGACAGGUUACCUGGAGUACCUGAGCCGGCAUUAUUUCUCUGAGGACCCUGCCCAGCCUGACAAACCUUACGUCCGCAUCAUCACGCCCUCUGACCCGCAGCAGAGAGGCUGUCAGCUCUCACUCUGCUUUUCCAUCCACAUCAAAAAGGUCUUCCAGGAGCUGGAGAAGAGGGGUGUUGCUUGUGACAUGAGGGAACCGUCUGUGCUGCGAAUCGCUCCAGUGCCGCUCUACAACUCCUUCAACGACGUUCAUCGCUUCAUACAAACACUGCGGACAGCUCUCACUGCCAGCAGCAAGUGAACGGAGAGAAAGACUGACGCUUUACUGUGAAAAUAUCAGCUCUGAUUGAACCCACUGACUGCUGCACACUCAUCAUAUCUCUGUCUGUAAUUGACUCAAAGACUAUUUUACUAAAUGUAUUAUUGGUGCCAUUUCAAACAAAUCUGAUGGCUGGAUGGCUUAUGUACUAUUGAAUCAUUAAAAUGUCAUUAUCUUCACCAACACUGUACAGUUGAUCAUGUUUGUCUGUUUGAGAGAUAUUUAACAUGUUGUUAAAUUAAAUAAUAAUUCAAUUACUUUUACUCCAAUUUAGAAUUGGGGAAAUGCAUGUUUCCUCCUAAGUUUUUAAAAUUUAAUGUGAUGAAGGUUUUUGUUAUUUACAGUUGUACCAAUACAUUUUUUUUGGCCCCCAAUCUAAGGAAAUCAUCCUGCAGUCUAUUACAAAUAAAUAAUUACUCACAAUUUCAUGAGAACUUCUCAGACUUAUUAAAAGGAAAAUGUUGGUUUAAA